GAACUUGGAAUCGUUGGUCAGAUCAUCAGUUCCUUUCUGAGCAAACCAUCAUAUCCAUUCAAAUCCAACAUGUUCUCCCGCUGUGCCGUCUUGGUCCUUUGCACCUCCUUCGCCGGAUAUCUGGCCAUGCCUCAGGUUUAUCCCGAUGGUCAGAGUCCCAACAAUCAGGCCUUCAACCUGCCCGCCGAUGCCGAGACCUUGUUGGCUCAGCCUUUGGCCUUGGACUUCACUUGCGAGGCUCGGGACUACGGUUAUUAUGCGGAUGUGAGCAACAACUGCCAGAUCUUCCACAUCUGUCUGCCCAUUGAGGACGAUGCCGGCGCCAUCCUGGAGACCGCUCAGUGGUCGUUCAUCUGCGGCAACGGCACCGUGUUCGACCAACAAACCCUCACUUGCAACUACGAAGAGGACUCCUUCCCUUGCGCCGAAUCCGAAUCGCUCUACGGAGUCGUGGAGUUUGGCAAGAUCGAGCCUGAUUAUUAAACUUUUUUAUGACGUGUUAUGUUUGCAAAUAUAGUAGAAACAACGUUAGGAAAAUAUUGUUCUUACAAACGGGGCACAUUGAAAGUAUAUUAAUAUUUCAAAGGGCCUGGGUGAGAAUUUGAGAAAAGCUCAUUUAUCUUUAGCUAGAGCUGUAAAAAAAGUCGAUUAAAUUUGGCAAAAUAGCGGCUAAAAAAAGCUGGGAAAACUGGCAAAAUAGUUGAUUAAAUAUGAGGAAAACAAGCACUUAGUGGUGUAUUUCUAGAGUUUGAGGUACAUGAACAUGAAGGUAGAUUGCAGGGCUGGAUUACCAUUUUCAAACCUCUGGACAUUAAACAGACUACAAAGGGCACAAAAAGGUAACUAAUUUGAAAAUUGCUUUCCUAAAACUUCCGAAAUCGAAGGGUCUUCCCCUCAAUCUGGUGAUCCUGAAGAAAUUGUUGUCAAAUUACCUUACGCUAUUAGUGCUUAUGUGAAGCUUUCAAAUCAAAUUCAAGUGGUCUUGGAAAGUUGGCUUUAAUUUAUCACAAGAGGAGAGCAACACAUAAUUAAGUACCUUUACAAAGCGUGUUGUUCGACCCGUAACUGCAGAUCUACGCCAUGCAGUUUUGAGCUUUGUCGAGGCAUCUCAUCCCUAGCUCACCCCUGGUUUCAAAAGUUAAAAUGUGAUGGAGAACGUCUGCCAUUUAUUGUGUUUUGCUUGCUCCCGUUGUGUUGACGUUGAAGGAAGCAGGAAGUUCAAAUCAAAAUGGAAAACAAUGCGAAAAAUGGACAAAAUAUGUGUGUGAAAACGGCAAUAAGCUGGAAAAAGGCGAAUAUACCCUAAAAGUCGGAAAAAGUGUUAAAAAAAGCUAUUCGACUUCUUUUUACAGCUAUAAUCAUUACCAUUGUUCGGUCCUGGGCUAUGGUUUUGAAUCAGGUUCUUAGUAACGAAAUCACAAGUAAUGAAAUUACAGCAAUUCGUUCCUUUUUUUCAAAAAAGGAACUAAUUUCAUUACAUUUUAAAAUUGUGUAAUUGUAACGACCCAAAGACUAAAAUAAUUACUCGUUACUCGUUCCUUCUUCAGCUUCCAGAAUGGCCUUUAAUUUUUUGUUUAUCUCGUAACAGCUGAGGAAAAGGCUCAACAGAAAUCGCCAAUAUUUUUGUAAAUUGUAGCAUAUUAUGAACAAUGAAAGGGUUGAAAAUUGUGAUUGCUCUUAACUACUCUGGGGAGUAACUAUUCUGAAUCUUGUUGCAUUUGCUACCUUAGUGUUUACAUCUUUUCAAUCAAAUUCCGUUCGACUGAAGACCUGAUUUUGCAGUGUAAUUGUCAAGCCCUUUAUUGACUGGAGUAUGAUGCAUCAAAUUUCAAAAGCCUCCACAUUUCCACGACUUGAGGCAUAGGCUUCCUAAUAGGUAAGCUUUCAACAAUCAUUAAUUUGUUCAUUAUUGAAAAAUGUUGACGCGAAGUCUUCAAAUGUUACGCGUUAGAAAUGCUUGAAGCAAAAAACAUUUUUUUUAGAGAAGUGUGGUCUUGAUGGGGGAAAACCAUUUAAUAUUGGUCAUCUAAAUCUUAGGAAAAGUAACGAGUAACACCAUUACAUUUUUUUUUCAUUUAAUAGCUGUGUAACGAACUACUAUUUUCGACCAAAGUAAUUGUAACCCUAAUUCGUUCCUUUUAUUGGGGAACGACUAAUGCCCGGUUUCGAAUCAUCAAACCUAUGGAGCAUACCAAGUAUGCAA